GGUCCGAGAAAAUCGCGGUCUCACGAUGAGGAUCGGAUCUUUUAAAAAUCUCAACAUGUAUGGGCAGCUUUACAGAGGAAUUGGUGAUGGACAAGCAGAUGGCAAAGGUGUAACCAGGGGAGGAAGACUAAUACCCAGGGGUGCCGGCAGCAGCAGCAGCCUCGCUGAGGGGAUCCCCGGUUUUCUGUUCUGCCUCCCGGACCAGGCGCUACUGAAAUCGUCCGUGCAUGGCACCCUGCUUCUCCCGCUGACUCCUGCCAAGCUGGACCCCUCGGCUCUGAGUUGGGAGGCAGCCAGUACCCCAGCCACAAAGUCCCCCAACCUCCAGCCGCCUGCCCCCGUCUGUGCCCCCCAGAACAAUGAGACACUCGGAGCCUCACCAAACAAGCCUGGAAACCACAGAGAUGCCGCCACAAUCACAGACGUGUGCACCAAUGGAGACAUGCCCGAGGUGGAGAUCAUUAGCCUCCUGCAGGAGCAAUUGCCCCGCUACACCCUGCGGGCCGACACCAUGUUUGGUUAUGAGCACGACGAUUGGCUGCACACUCCCCUCCUGCCCCAGGACCUGCCUCUCCAGCUCACCCCUGAGCAGAUAGCAGAGACCCUCAACUACUUCAUCCUGUGUUCUGAGCGCGUGGGCCGAGUGACCAAGACCUACAGGGACAUCGAGGCCGUCACAAGUUUGCUUGAAGAGAAAGAGAGAGACCUGGAGUUGGCCGCUCGGAUUGGCCAGUCGCUGCUCAAGCAGAACCGAGAACUGACGGAGAGGAAUCUGAUCCUGGAGGAACAGCUGGAGGCUUCUAAAGAGGAGGCCAGUCAGCUCCGUCAUGAGAUGUCAAUGCGCGAGGACCUUCUUCACUUGUAUAUCAGUAACAGCGAGAGCGAUCCUGGAUCUGCCGUCUCCACCCCGUUGCGUCGGAACGAAUCCUCCUUUUGCCUUCAGCACAACAUCCAGCUGGAUUCCCUUCAGCAAAAACUCAAGAAUCUGGAAGAUGAGAAUCAACAGAUGCGCUUCGAGGCCAGCGACCUUCUCAAUGCCACGUGUGAUUAUGAAGAGCAGGAAAGUUCCCUGAUGUUGGACUGUGUGGAGCAAUUCUCGGAGGCCAGCAGGAACGUUGCGUUGUUGGCCGAGGAGGUGGCGCGGCGAAGGGAGGAUGUGGCUCGGCAGCAGGAGGAGAUCAGUCAACUAUUGGCUCAGAUUGUCCAUCUUCAACAGAAGUGUCGCAAUUCUCUCACAGAAAAUGAGGAGCUGCAACAACAUCUCAGCGCUACUAAGGAGAGGGAGCAAGAGCUCAAGACUCAGCUGCAGGACCUUGUAGAGAAACACAAAGAGUGUGAGGACAUGCUGCACGAGGCCCAGGAGGAGCUGAAGAACCAGCGCAACCGCAGCCUCCCAAACAGCACCGUGAGCAGAUACAGCACCUUCAACAUCUUCCCACUGGAUUCUUUGGCUGCCGAAAUUGAAGGAACCAUGAGAAAAGGGAUCGAUGCCUCUGCGGAACUCAAGAGCUAUAAGAAAGUCUUUGAGACGGUGAAAGCAGCCAAUCAGGUGGUGAGGGCCAGAUCCCGCUGCCAGUCACCCCAGAAUGUACUUGGCUCCCGUGCUCCAUCUCAAAGACCCUCAGCCGCCCCCAGCCGCGUUGGCACCCCACCCAUGAGCUUCUGUGAGAUGGAAGGUUCCAGUUUAAUGUUUCUGGAGGAGGAGACUCUGUUACCUGGGCCAGAGGAAGAUAAUUCUAGUGCCGGAGAGAAGAAGCUGGGGAGGCCUGGAACACCUGGAAGUCAAGACCUGGCAGCUGCUCUUCAGAGGCUCCAUGCUCAAAGGAAUUGUCAUUUCUCGGAGAAUCUGUAUGAAGAGUCUGAAUUCAGGCAUCCAGGAGAUGGCGAGCAUUCCAGUGGGUUCCUCACCCCCAAUGAAAGUAUUCUGUCCACGGGAACCAAUUAUUCUGGUAUCUCGGAAGUCACUGGCAGCUCGAGCCUGUCCUUUGGUUCUCGGUCUGGUCUUCCGGAGAAGUUGCAGAUAGUGAAACCAUUGGAAGGCUCAGCUACACUCAUGCAUUGGCAGCAGCUGGCUAAGCCCAACCUGGGGGGUAUCCUGGACCACAGGCCUGGCGUCCUCACCAAAGACUUCCAGGAACUGGACAUUGAUCAGCAAGAUGUUUAUAACCUCAAUGAUUUCGAGGAAGAUGAUAUGGAGCCAAUCUCCUUCCAGGCUGUGGCCUCAUCCACUCCGACAAAAAGCAAAGACAGGAAUGGCUUGUUCCAUUCUGUUAACAACCUCCCUCAGACCCCGUCUACAUUCACCAUCACCACCUGUCGCAAGUCCCUCCCUAUGCAGGACAUUACCAUGGUCACGUCCAGUCUUCGCAAUGCAGUUCUUCCCUCUUUUGGAAGCUACGAGAGCCUAAGUUCACUCAGUUUGGAGCCCCAAAGACAACCACCAAAGAGCUCACCCCCAUCUGACCAAACAGACUCUGGAGAAAGUACUCCCUUGGGACUGGUAACCCUACUGAAGGAACAUGGCAUUUCAGCAAACACAGUCUCCACUGAAAAACCCAUUAUGGAGGCCACAGUACCCCAGGCAGCGCCUCAAAGCCGACCAAGCUUCUUACAGUUGGGUUGGAAGAAGACUUUGGGGAGUCUUGGCUUUGCCAGGGCCCUUGUGGACAGCGCUUCUGCUGAAACCACUUCUGACUCUGUUCAAAAUCAGAAAAGCAUUUUUAGCAUCAAUCUGGUGGAGCAGCUGAGAAGGCUUGGCUUGAACCGGGUGGUGGAACGAGGUAUAACCUCCUUUCAGAAGGCAGAAGAGCCCCAAAAACCUCAGAGCUAAAUCCCAGCUAUUUUAUUGGUCAAGAAGACACAUUUUUAGACCAUUGUGAACUGUCAGCACCAAAUUUCAUUAUUGGCCCAUUAAUAAUGUGGGGUGAUAUUAAGGAAAGAGGAGAAUGAGAGAGGAGAACAGUGUUGGGAGGCUAGAUAUACUGAAUAUAUAUAUAUAUGUAAAAGCCAUGAAAGCAUGGAGGCUGCUGGCUGCUAAACCCAUGGAACCUCAAGCUCACAAUGAACCCAUCAUUUUCUGGCAUCUGGAUUGGCUGGCUGAGAAUGCUGAGAUAUAUAGUCAUAAGUCCCUUUGCUGGAGCUGCUAAUACACUGGAGUGUAGUCCCAUAUAGUCCCAUACACUGGAGUGUUGUCUGUAGCCCCCCGCAUGGCAACUUUGGGUCAAGUCGCAGGUCUCAAUGUAUCCAAUACAUUAUUUAGAGGAUAAAAAGGAUCUCCAGAGCCCAUUUCACUUCUAUUUACUUUGUGCCAUUAUUGUUCUAUCAACGUUGUGAUGCAGAAUUCAGCUCUUGGUCAUGUGACCCCAUAUGAAAUGCCUGCAAGCCCCUUAUAAUGCCCCCCCCUGUGCAGUAAUUCCUUAUGGUAAAGUCAUCACACUCGUACCCCGUAUAUUUACACUUAUACUCGAUUAGGGGCUGGUGAACCUUCACUUUGAUCCACCACUUGAGUGGCUAAAUGGUGCAAAGAUCUCCUGUGUCCGAGCAAGGCAAGCAGUACGGCAGCUCCUACUCAUCUGUAUUGGAAACUGUGCUGGGAAGGAGCAUUCUGGGUACCGGCUCCUUACAUUUUCUCGACCUAUAGAUUUUCCAUUAUUUAUGGGGGACAAUAACCCUAAUUUUUAAUGCACUGUGUGACUUUACACACACCUCGUACCUUCCAUGUCACCGACAAAUGCAACAAAUGGAUCUACAUUCAGAGACCCCCAGAUAAAGAUGUAAUAGGGAAUCUGGGGUAUCGGGGGGAUUUCAAUUCCAAAGAGCAAGAUGGGGCUGGCUGACUACUCUGUCCCAGGGGGAGCUGGGAAACUUGGGGAGAAAAAGGGCUUUUUAUGUGACGCUGCUGGGGGGGGGGGGAAAGGCCUCAUUACAAUGUGGGUCUGCUGUAAAUAUUGACAAUAAAUCUUUAAUAAAUCUGA